AUGAUUCAGGCCUCUAGACGACCUUCCACCAUCAGAAUCUACGAGGCAACUUGGUCGGCCUUCUCCCGUUGGUGCCUCAACCAUCACCUUGAGGCAUCCUCCGCAACCAUUCCGCAAGUCCUUGAAUUCCUACAGGACGGUUUGGACAAGGGGCUGGCGCCAAACACUCUCCGCAGACAGGUGGCGGCUCUGAGCACCAUUCUGUCUUCUGACACUCAGUUACUGAUUUCCCGGCAUCCUCAGGUAAAAGGGUUCCUGAAGGGGGAAUCCAACUUGUGUCCGCCUCCCAUCCAUAGGUACCCUACCUGGGACUUGACUGUCGUUCUGCAGGCGCUUACCGUGCCACCAUUCGAACCUUUGCGGAUGGUGGGCCUACGCCACCUGACUCUAAAGGCUGCCUUUCUGGUCACCAUCACCUCAGCCCGCAGGAUAUCGGAGUUGGCCGCCUUAUCCAUUAGAGGUGACCUUUGUAUUUUCCACCCCGAUAGGGUCAUCUUAAGAUUGGAUCCGGCCUUCAUCCCGAAGAUUAACACCGUCUUCCACAGGGCGCAGGAGAUGAUACUCCCGGACUUUUGUCCUCAACCCAGGCACCAGAGAGAAGUGACAUGGCACAAGCUAGACGUGCGGAGGGCGGUGCGCAUCUACAUCAAAAGGACUGCUCCCUUCCGUAAGUCGGAAGCCUUAUUUGUGUCUUUCCAGCCGGCUUCCAUGGGGAAGAAAGUCACGUCCUCUACCAUCGGACGCUGGCUUAGAGUGAGCAUCAAGAUGUCUUAUGAGACUCAGGCCAGACCGAUUCCUUCGCGUAUCACAGCACACUCUACGAGGAGCGCAGCGACCUCGGCCGCCUGGGCUACUCAAGCACCGAUUGAAGAAAUCUGCUGUGCUGCGAUGUGGUCUGGCCCAUUUCCGUUCAUCCGUAACUAUAGACUUGACACUUUCGCCUCCGCUGAGCCGUCCUUUGGGAGGAGAGUUCUACAGAGGGUCGUGGCAAGCAAUGUGGCCCCGGACAUUUCUUCUUCCCUCCCGACUUCGACAUAGCUUUGGCAUGUCCCGUGCUUGGACACUCCAA